GGCAGAGGAGGCAGAGGGGGGAAGAUGUGAUGAUGAUGGAUGUUCCAUCAGACCGUGUCACAUCACACAGUACACAGCGCACACACAGCAAACGAGUAUAUAACUCUCGACGACCACCCUCCUUUCUUCAUCACUCCCCCUCUUUUUCGCCCCUUUCUCUUUUCACAACGCAUCUCACGUACUCUUUGCACGACUUUUCAACUUCUCUACAUACAACAACACACUCUACACAGUCUUUACACGACACAACCACAUCUCGACGCAGAAACCUUUCAACCGCAGACCUAGCACAUCAAAUCAAUCAACCCUUUACACAGCAAAAAUGUUCUUCUCCAAGCUUACCGCCGCCGCCGUCUUGGCCGUCACUGCCGUCUCUGCGCAGAUCAACACCCCUGCUGCUUUGUACCAGUGCCAGCCCAUUCAGAUCUCUUGGGUUCCUUCCACUGGACCUUACUACCUCUCCGUCAUCCCCGGUGGUCAGCCCAGCGCCACUCCUCUGCUUGACUUUGGUCAGGUCGAGAACAGCCCCAUCACUUGGAACGUCAACAUCUCGGCCGGUACCUCGGUCGGAUUCACCCUCGUCGACUCGACCGGUGUUCCCAAGUACAGCGACGCCUUGACCAUUAGGCCCGGUUCGUCUGACGCUUGUUUGUCGUCUUCGGGUGCCGCUGCUGCCCCUGCCGGUUCCUCUUCCGCUGCCUCGGGAGCCGAGUCCGCUACCUCUGCCGCCGCCAGCACCGCUGCCGGAGUCGCCGCCAGUGCUUCGUCCGUUGCUUCGUCAGCCGCCUCGGCUGCCAGGUCGGCCACCUCUGCUGCCGCUUCCGGUGCCAGCUCUGCUGCCGGAGGUGUCACUGGAUCCCGAACUACCGGAGGUGCUGCCGCCGCAACGUCCACCCCCGCCAACGGUGCUUCCAAGGUCGAGUCUGCCGGCCUGAUGGCUGCCGCCCUUGCCGUUGUCGUCGCCGCUGCCCUCUAAGCGCGCCUCUGCAUCUCUUCCGACUUCUUAGCACAACCCCACCCGUGGCCUAUCUCUUUUGGUCGAGCGACGUACCCUGGACGGGACGGGACUUGACAAGGGCAAGGUUCAGUAUGGGCAUUACGACGAAAUGACGAUGGACCUGGACGGUUUCUUUCUGCUUUUUCACGCAUGGACGGUUUCGAGCUAUGGUAUCACACAUUCCCUCUCUAUCUUCCCCACAUUUAGACAUUCUCUUCAUCCUGUAGCCCUUUUUCAUGAUGAGCAAGAUAUCCUCACCGACUUUCAGUAUGGGGGAAAGAGCCACACGCACGAUCAACCAAUGGGCAGACUUAAAUACCCUUUCUAGAGGACACCCCCUUCGGUUGGCUGUUCUCUGCCCUCGUUCGGUUCGAGUGCUUUGCGUCUUGUAAUCGUCUCGGAUGCUACUAUAACGACCAUUCUUACCAACUGU